CUAAGACGAAAGAUGCGGCCUGAGUUGUGCCGACUUUGCGAGAAGCCGGCGGCCGACGGCGGAUACCGAGCGGCCGAAUUGGACAAGGAGAAGUUGGCCGAGUGGUGUUUGAAUUACUUGGGCACGACUCUGGCCAAGGAGGUCAAGGACGAUGACCUCUUCUGCUACUUUUGUAUUUGGGACGCUAGGAUUCUCUAUGAAAAUGAUACCAGGAUAGUAAACGGCUGUAAUAAUCAAAUAAAUUAUUGCAAAAUUAAAUGGUGGCCCGAACAAGAGACUGGAAAAAGUGCUAAUGACUUGUUUCAAAACUACAAAGCUGGAAAUGUGCAGCAGUGUUGGGUUUCUUUGAAACAAGCAAAAGAUCAGAAAAGAAUAAGAAGUUAUAAUACUGGAAAAAAGGAUAGUACAGAAAUAUUCAGAACAUGCUGUUAUUGUGGCAAAGAUAUUCCAGCAAAAAGCUGGAAGACACACAUGAAAAAAAAGCAUGCUGACAUUUCAAUAAGAUGCAAUUUUUCUUCUAUGUGUUGUAUGUACUUUCACAAUGUUGAGGAGAGGGACGCUCACGUAAAGGAAAUUCAUUUUAAGCCGAAAAAUGAAGUUCUUUACGAUUGCAUGUAUUGUCCUUUAAAACAAUUAAAAGUGUGGACUUACAAAAAGCAUUUAAAAUCGAAGCAUCGUGAUGUUGCAAUAAGGUGUAGCUUUCGUUGGUGCCACAGAUAUUUUAAAAGUCGGGAUGAUAUGAACGCGCACUUGGAGACGUACCACAAAAGCCGAGAAGAGAAUAAAAAGUUCAAGUGCUCAUUUUGCAAUUAUAAAGCUCAUAGCAGGCCUGCAGUUGCACAACAUGAAUUCAAGAACCAUAAAAAAGGAGAGAAAAAUUUUAAAUGCUCCAAUUGUGCAGAAAAAUUUUCAUGUAAGAUGAGUAGAAAACAACAUAUGUAUAGCGCACACAUUUUGAGAGCGUGCCCUGCUUGUGAUUUGCAAAUUCAGGCAUCAAAAUUUAAUCAGCACUUCAAAAAAAAUUCGUGCAGAACAUGCCAAACUGAAUUUGACUGUUGGGGUUUGUGCAGAAAGCAUGAGAGAAAAUGCAAACCUAAAUUCCAAUGUGAAAUUUGCUCAAAGGUUUUCAGGAUAAAAAGUGACUUGGCCUAUCACAUGAUCAGUAAUCAUUUAAUUCAAAAAAAGAAAGGUGUAAAAAGUAGAAAAACUGUUAAUUUGCCUUCAAUGAAACUUCAAUUGGCAAAAAGACCAAAAUUUAAGUGUGCUCAUUGUAGCAUGGAAUUUCUGCAUAGAGCAAAUCUUCGGAGACACUUGGCCACAGUGCACAACCUUAUAGACAAGCAGCAUUCGUGCAUACAAUGCUUAGAAAUUUUUUACUUUGCUUCUGAAUUGAGAGUGCACAUGAACGUAGCACACUCGAAGGAGAUGACAAGAUGUAAAAUUUGUAAAUUUUCUACAAAAUCGUAUUCCAUAAAGCAACAUAUGAUUAGAGCACACUUAAUAGCGUAGCACAUUUGAUGAACAAUUGUUGAUAAAUAUCAAUGAAUGUAGGAAGUUAAAAAAAAUGUAAAUAUGUAUAAAUCGUAUAAAUAAUUUCUAUCAAAUGUUCACAGAGAAUUACAUCAGCAAAUGUAUUUUUUUCUAUCAAAAAAUAUUGUAUAUAAAUGAUAUUUAAUUGACGUUGCGAAUGAAAUAUAAAUAUUAUAUAAAAUAAAAAUUUAUAAUAAAAAUUUCCAAAGCAUUUAACAUAAUAUAUUGCAUCAAUAAAUAACUGAUAUAAAA